CCCGGUGCACGCGACGCAUGAGUGAACAGCGAGUUGUCAUUGAACAGGUACCUUGACUCAGGUACUUUGUAGGCUACCAGCCAGAAGCGGCAUUAUGCUGGAAGCAUGACAAUGGAACACACGCGCGGCAAUUUUCACGCCACCAUGUCCAGCAUCGGAAGUACGGGCGGCUUGAAGCUGCAGCUCCAUUGGAGUCAGCGAGUAGCACUCGUGAGACACAACCUCCACACAGCCAGCCGGAGCGGCGUCUUCACUUUCUUCAAGAUUCUGCAAGCGAAGGCUCUGUCGGAUGGGACUAAUCACCCCGCGGUACUCGCAGCACUCAUUGGUGGCGACGAAGCCGACGUCUUGAUAGCGGCGAUGGACAAUCUGAAUGUUGGUCUGGCCUACGUCCACCAAGACGCCUUCAAGAACGUGUAUGACCGAUGGAAAGACAUGACGCGCGAUGGCGAAACCAACAUCAGCAAGUCAAAGCUCCAUGUCGACUUUACCAUGCAACGGAGUAUGGCAGACAUGGCCAUUGACAAAAUAACGACUUCUGCCAUUGGACUCAUUAACGCUCAGCCGCCGCACGUCCAGGGAGCUGCUGCGAACGUUUGGAUAGCAGGCGUCUCCGUCAUUGCGGAUGCAAUAGAGACUGUGCUCCAGCAGCUGCAGAGCCUUGAGGACAAGGAGUUAAACGACUUCAUUCGCCUCGAGGAAAGCUGGGAUAUUGUAAAAGGCUCCGUUGUCUGCGCCAUCACCGGCUUGAAGGGUAUCUUCUCUCUGAUGGAUCCCAGUGAUCCUGGCAGACCGUCCGAAAAGUCGUCACGGUCGAACAGCAUCGCAAGCGCCAGCGGUGCCAUGUUCCGCCGCCUUUCCACCGCCUUCUCCAGCACAGGAAUCACACCACCAGACACUCACAACGGCAGUAUCACCUCAAACUCGCCCAACUUUGCAGCAUUCCACCGAAACAACUCUGUCUCAUCGAUCAGCAGCAGCCCGGUCUACCGUACGCCGAACUACGUCCGCAACAGCGUCAGCGCAGGCUGCCCGAUGUCAAUGCCGGCAAACGAAGUAGGGUAUCAAGGCCAUCAUCUCAGCCCUGUCCCGCCUACUCCGGCGGCGGAGGAGGCGACGGAUCCGUUCGGUAUUGACGUCCCGCCUGUGCCACCUAUGCCGGAAACUAUACAGACCGCGUUAAAUGGAGAGGAGCUGCAUAGGAAGCGACUGAGCAUGAUGAUCAAUUAGACUGGCUGUCUACCGAAGAUAAGUGACUGUGAUUAGUGUAGUCAUUAGCCUUAUUCGGUAUUCUUUGUAGCUUAUUUCAGGGCCUGCGCAAGUCCUAAGGCUUUGCUGAACA